GUGCGCUUGGUGCUCGAAUCGGACGGAACCCAAGUGGAGGACGCCGAAUACUUCCGAACCCUGCCACCCAACAGUGUUCUGCUGCUGUUGCGGCCAGGCGAGCGGUGGCUACCGGCCGGAGUCGACGUCAUUCGAGCAGUCUCCGCCAUUCCGCGCAUCGUGUGCGAAACAAUCAACGCUCUGGAGCUGCAGGAUGAAACUCCUUCGUGGAAAAUCAUGGACAACAAGGGGCGUGUCACGGUGGUUCUGCACUGGGACCAGCGCCCGGGCAGGGGGCCGACCGAAGUCCCGUCGCCUGCCAAGUUCUCGCCCAGUAAGCGGCCAUUGGCGGGGCCGGGCGUGCAGGCCCCGCCCCCAUCCAAAACCCCGCCCUCUUCGCAAGACGGGUUCACGCCCCCACGUCGCGCCAGCCCUCAGAUCACUGUGAUAAACCACGACGAGGUUCGGCCGGCAGGGGCGCGGCGCACCAGCUCGUUGGAGGCGCCGGUGCAUGUGCACACGCCCGAGUGCGCGCACCACGCCCAUCUGCCGCGCGCCGGCAGUCCGCAGAAUGGCAACGUCGAGUGCGACUUUCAUUGUUGCGCGCUGCAUGAAGAGGGCAGGCGCAUCGCGGUGCACAAGUCGGUGGCAACGUCGCCGAUUCAGGAUGUGGGCGCGCAAGCGCAAGCGUCUCCUCAGCCCAGACACGUCCGUUUUUUAGGUAGGACGAUUUCCUCGCUCUUAACCCCACUUUUCUCUUGAGUUUAGUCAAAAAUGAGGUGUACUCUGAAAUGAAUGAGGUAAAAUGUGUGGAAUUUGGCGUGGAAAAAUAAAAUCGGCCUGUAAACUU